AUGUCUCAAAAGAGCACGGGCAAGGCCGGGGUGAUCUAUGCUCCCGGCGAUGCCAACAGCAUGGAUAAGUUGGCCAGCGCGGUUCUCGACGACCUGCUGUACAACGUCGUGCACGACCUCCUGAUGAAGACGCACCGGGACGAGAAGCAGGCCCGGGCAGCCACGGCGGCCAUCCGGGUGGAGACGAUGGCGGCUGAGGCGGCACAGGACCUGGCAGGCGCCACGGGCGAGUCCCGGGCAGGCGGUCACUACGAGACGGACUCGGCCCAGUACGAAAACGGACAGGUCAGCCUCCGGAUCAAUCCGCUCAAGACGACACACGACAUUCUCUGCCCGCGCUGUCACCUGCCGCGGCUGCUCUACCCGGUAGAUGGCAAGGGCGCACGGAAACCGGACCCGGCGGUGACGUACUGCAAGAAGCAUCCGUACAUUGACAAGCCGGGUUGCGACAUAUACGGACAGAUGUGGGUGGCGCCGGGGCCGGGGCGCGGCAAGAAGAAGAAGGACUUUGACAAGAAGGUGUCGGCGGCGAUCCACGCGGCGACCACAGGCAUCGAGACGCCCAACGGAGCGGGCGGGGUAUCGAGCGAGCAGCGGCCGCCCAACGUGCUGUCAUUCCCAUCGGCGACGUGCAGCAAGUGCAAGCGGUGCAUCCUGGUGUCGCGGCUGAACAACCACAUGGGGUCGUGCAUCGGCAACAGCGGCCGCAAUGCCAGCCGGGCGGCAGCGGCGAAGAUCAGCGGCAGUGCGGGGGGCGGGGCGCUGCACGACCACACGCCACCCAACAGCCAGAAGGGGACGCCGCUGCCAAGCUCGCAGGCGACAAGCCCGCGGAAACGGGACGCGGACGACUUUGACGAGGGUGACGACGACUCGGACGCGGGCGGGCACAGGAACGGGAGUGCGAACGGCCAUGGCCACGGUAGCCACAGCAGUAAGCCCAAGAAGAAGCUCAAGUCGUCGGCAGGCGGCAGCGGUGGUGGCAGUGGAGGGGCGACGAACGGGGCGACGACACCAUCCAGCCAGUCCAGCCAGGGCCUCUCGACGGCGAUGCUAAAAAAGCUCAAUAUAAAGAGAGCGGGAAGUGGCGGGCCGACGAAGAAGAAGAAGCUGAAGCCGAGCUCAGCUCUCAGGUCGGUGUCGUCUACGCCGCCCAAGAAGACGACCAAGGUGCCGAUUCCGGUGCCGGGCGUCAAGAAGGUCAAGCUGGUCAACAAGCCGCCGCCGUCGCCGCCGGCAUCAAAGAGCGGGAAGGUACACGAGUUGGACGUCGAGUCGGAGUCGUCCGGGACAAUGUCGUCGCCGCGGACGUAG